GACGGGGAUGUGCCAAAAAAACAAGUGAGGUUAUUUGAAUGUGAGAAUUCCUCGGGAUAUACCGAAUUGAAGGUUCCUACACAUAAAGCCUGUUCGUUCAGCCACACCAAGAGUCCUGGUCAUUGCCAUGGCGCGCGGACUUUGCGCUCAUUGAGAUCGGUCACCCAUUGCACACGACACACAUUUGUGGAGGAGCUGUCUCAAGUUGGCGCUUUUUCAUCUGAUAUUCUUUCCCAACAGUCUUACUUGUAUUGUUCAAUUGUUGGAUUUUGACAAUACCCCUUUCACGCCCACUCCUGAAACCUUCAUACGCGUUAGACCAUGGCGACAAAGCGAAAGGCUUCGGCGCUGAAUGCCGCCGUCGAGGAGCUUGUCGACCCCUCAGAUGAGCUGGCUUUUUACUGUUUGGGAGGCGGGAAUGAGGUCGGACGGUCAUGCCAUAUUAUUCAGUAUAAAGGGAAGACGGUUAUGCUUGAUGCUGGUAUGCAUCCGGCCAAGGAGGGAUUCUCUGCGCUCCCCUUUUUUGAUGAAUUUGACUUGAGUACGGUGGAUAUCCUCUUGAUCAGCCAUUUUCACGUCGACCACUCCUCUGCGCUCCCUUAUGUGCUCAGCAAGACUAAUUUUAAGGGUCGCGUGUUUAUGACACAUGCGACGAAGGCCAUUUACAAGUGGCUGAUCCAAGAUAAUGUGCGCGUCAACAAUACAGCCUCAUCGUCGGACCAACGUACCACAUUAUAUACUGAACAUGACCACUUAUCCACACUUCCGUUAAUCGAAACCAUCGAUUUCAAUACAACACACACUAUCAACAGCAUCCGCAUUACCCCUUUCCCCGCCGGCCACGUUCUUGGCGCAGCUAUGUUUUUGGUUUCCAUAGCUGGAUUGAACAUUCUCUUCACCGGGGACUAUUCUCGUGAGGAGGACCGACAUUUGAUUCCUGCUGAGGUACCUCGAGGAAUAAAAAUAGAUGUCCUGAUCACUGAGUCUACGUUUGGAAUUUCCUCUAAUCCCCCUCGACUGGAACGUGAAGCGGCUCUGAUGAAGUCAAUAACUGGUGUGUUGAACCGUGGAGGGCGAGUCUUGAUGCCUGUAUUUGCCCUCGGUCGAGCUCAGGAGCUGCUCCUCAUUCUUGAUGAGUAUUGGGAAACGCACCCUGAGUUACAAAAGGUGCCGAUUUACUAUAUAGGAAAUACGGCUCGAAGAUGCAUGGUUGUUUAUCAAACGUACAUUGGAGCGAUGAACGAUAAUAUUAAAAGAUUGUUCCGUCAGCGGAUGGCAGAAGCAGAAGCUAGCGGCGACAAAAGUGUCAGCGUGGGACCCUGGGAUUUCAGGUUUGUUCGAAGUCUACGCAGCCUCGAACGCUUUGACGAUGUUGGAGGCUGUGUUAUGCUUGCGUCGCCUGGCAUGUUGCAGACAGGAACAAGUAGGGAGCUGCUUGAAAGGUGGGCUCCAAACGAACGCAAUGGCGUUGUUAUGACAGGUUACAGUGUCGAGGGCACAAUGGCGAAACAGCUGCUGAACGAACCUGAUCAAAUUCCUGCGGUAAUGUCAAGAACAACCACCGGAAUCGGCCGUAGCCGUAUGGGAGCCAAUGACGAGGAGCAAAAGAUUAUGAUUCCCCGACGAUGUACUGUGGACGAGAUCUCCUUCGCAGCUCACGUGGAUGGUGUUGAGAACCGAACCUUUAUUGAGGAAGUUGCAGCACCUGUUGUGAUCCUCGUUCAUGGAGAGAAACAUCAAAUGAUGCGACUCAAAUCAAAGCUACUCAGUCUGAACGUCGAUAAGACCGUUAAGGUCAAAGUCUACACUCCAGCUAAUUGUGAAGAAGUCCGUAUUCCUUUCAAGAAAGACAAGAUUGCCAAAGUUGUUGGUAGGUUGGCGCAAAUGGAAGCACCUCUCGACGAAGAUGACGGCUCUCUCAUGGCUGGUGUUUUGGUUCAAAACGGAUUCGAUCUCUCACUAAUGGCUCCUGAUGACCUGCGCGAGUAUGCUGGCCUAGCUACCACGACUAUCACAUGUAAACAGCAUAUCACCUUAAGUUCAGCAAGCAUGGACUUGAUUAAAUGGGCCCUUGAAGGUACAUUUGGCGCUAUUGAAGAAAUUGGCAAUUCUCAGGAAAGCAAAGUCAAAAAGGAACUCUCAGAAGACACCUCAUCAGAGCCUAACGGAGAUAAGCAACAACUGAAAGAUGAACAUGCGGAUGAGGAGAUCCCCAUGGAAGAGUCGCAAGCAUACCUGAUUAUGGGCUGUGUUAUCAUUCGAUACCACCCUCGUACCCGAGAGGUAGAGCUUCAGUGGGAAGGCAAUAUGAUGAAUGAUGGUGUGGCAGAUGCAGUUAUGGCAGUUCUUCUUACUGUUGAGAGCAGUCCUGCCUCUGUGAAGCAAUCUGCCAAGUUAAAGCACUGUCAUCACCACCAUGACGGUGGCCUAGAGCUUGCCAAUCCACAUAGUCAACAAGAUGCAGAGGAGCGCUUCGCUCGUCUUCUCAUGAUGCUUGAAGCGCAAUUCGGAUCCGAUAUCGCUCCUAUUGAACGCCCACGAUUGCUCCCGAAAAGUCUUACGAAUGGCUCCGCAAAGAGUGAGACCGACACCCUAGAGCAAACCCCUUCAAAAGACGGCAAGGACGCCCAAGAUGAAGCAGCGACUGCGAAGCUUGAAGCGGCCGAACUGGCUCGCCUGCAAGCUCAAGGUAUUCCAGUCCCUGGUAUUGAGAUCAAGGUUGAUAAGCACAUCGCAAGGAUAUGGCUGGAAGAUCUUGAGGUUGAGCAUGUGGUCAACGGGGUCUUCUUCAACUACGGUUACGAAUGGGGGAGGGAGAGAGCCCACUAA